AUGCAGUCGACGCAGUCGGAGGACUUGCACGUCCAGAUCGUCCACUCUGGUCCCACAAAAUGUAUUCACGCACCCAGAUCGGCCAACGUAGAUCGACUGUUCACCGGCGGAGAUGACUUCCUCGUCCGAAUCUUGCCUACCUUGCCACUUCCCGGCGUGGAACCUCACCUCAUCGAAGACGCAACCGAGCCAGUCACCUCUCUCGAUGCUGACGGUCGCUUCCUCGUCACCGCCUCCGAAGAUGGCUCUGUUCGCCUUUAUCGACACCACCCCAUCGACGCUGAAGGCAACCCGACAUCGCCUACGGUGCUCCAAUCGCUGCUGCGGCGCGAAUCAUUGCCGUUGCGAUGCGUUGCUCUAGAGCGCUUCGUCAAGAACGGUAAGUCUCCCCGAGUAGCCGUCUGCUCCGAUGAGCUGAUCGUCAAGAUCAUCGACGUCGAGGAUCCAAGGCGCAUUCAGCUCCUCGACGGUCACAACAGAGGUCUUCGUUCAGCUUCAUGGAGUCCCGUCGCUCCUCUGCUCGUCACUUGCUCUACCGAUGGUGUCGCUCGAGUCACCGAUCUUAGCGACGUCGAGCCCAAGUUCGUCAAGUCGAUCGAAGGCGUCCUUCCCAUUACACGUGCCGAGAGCGACGAAGCCGUCGCUGCAUGCUGGCAUCCUUCGGGCACCUUCUUUGUAAUGCCGUCCAAGGCACACGAGCUCGUCGUCAUCAGUGCCGCCAACGACUCCUCUGCCUGGUCAAGAACGGGCACCUUUGUCGCCAGCGCCUCUGGAACGGUUCCGACGCCUAGCGGCACCAUCACAGCCCUCGCAUUUUCGCCCAACGGUCGCUACCUUGCCUCCGCCACCACAAACGGUCAGGUCACCGUGUGGGAAACAGAGAGCAGACAGGCGAUCCGGUAUAAACGCGCCGAUGCUCUCGUCAACGCCAUCAGCUGGCAUCCGACCAAGGACGCACUUGCUUGGACCGACAACGAGGGAUCUUUGGCACGAUGGUCCGACGUUGCAACCACAACCAGACCCAGUCCAUUCGAAGAGAUCGCGUUCGAUGUAUCCAAAGCGGCACGCGGAUCUCGUGGUCAGAUCGACGACAUCUUCGCCGGCACGGGUCUUUCAGACGAUGAGGAUGACGAUAUGGCACGAGACUCUCAUCGUGGUGACGGAGAUGCUGGUGACGACUUCGUGGUGGACGACGAGUCGCGUCCGUCGAGAUACGGCGGAGCUGACCACUCCUCUCGCUCUUACGGUCGAGGCGGACACGGCAUGGGCGCUGGUCGUGACGGUGGCAUGAUGAUCGCUGCUACCCGACCUCAGCCCGCAUUCCAGUCCACGUCUACCCCCAUGCGCGGACAACGUCGAUACCUCGCCUACAACCUUCUCGGCUCGGUAGUUGCGGUGGAGCAAGAGUCGCACCAGACCAUCUCGUUCGAAUCCUUCGACACGUCGGCACGUCGCAACUUCCGCUUCUCCGACAUGAACAACAUCAGCAUGGCCGAUCUCGCAAAGCAAGGCAUCCUCUUCGCCGCCAAGCAGACGACCGAGCAGUCGAGCAGCGUCUUCUUCAAGCCUUUCGUCGCGGCUAGCAACAAUCUGUCUUCGGAGUGGACGUUCAAUCUGGAUCAAGGUGAGGACGUCGAGGCGGUGGCAUUGGGAGGAAGUGGUUUGCGAACCGUCACAGAAGAUGGCUGGGAGGAUCAGGAUGCAGGCAGGUCUGGGGUGGGCGUUGCUGUUGUAGCCACUUCCAAGGGGUAUCUGAGGUUCCUAUCGGCUAGCGGUAUGCAGCUUUACCUGUGGGCGAUCGGACAUCCCGUGGUUACGCUGGCUGUGGGCGCUCGCACUGCGCUCGUCGUGUAUCGCAGGACGGGGCUUCCAUCGGGAGGAUUCCAGGAUCUCGGCUACAAGGUGAUCGACAUCUCCAACUUCGACGUGAUCCAGGACGAUGUUCUUCCGCUUGCCAAAGAUGCGCACAUCAGGUGGCUCGGCUACAACGACGAGCACCAACCUGCCUUCUACGAUUCGAACGGAACGCUCUUUGUGCUGGAUCGCGCCCACCGCUCGCGCCAAGGACGAUGGGUGCCCAACCUCGACACGAAACGCGUUCGUGAGAGCGCAACAGCCGACGCCAGCGAAGCCGCGAUGCGUGCUGCCAGUACCCUCGGCUACUGGCCGAUCGGUCUCACCUCUUCCAAGCUCAUGGUGUUGCUCCUCAAGGGUGGACGCACUCAUCCCGAGGUCGACGGCACACGUCACAUGAUCCAGGAGCUCGAGCUGCAGGUACCCCUCAUCCAUCGCGAAGGCGGAACCGGUCCGCUGGAGGAGAAGAGCCUUCGCGACAGCAUGCUAGCCAUGACGGCUCGCGACGUUCGCAACGCUGGAAUCGAGGCCAACGAGGACGACGCUCAACUCGACGCAAACACGCUCGAGAUGAGCUCGGACAAGGCGCUGCUCCAGCUGAUCCAGUUGGCGUGCAAGGCGGACAAGCACGGCCGUGCACUCGACGCUGCACGUGCACUGCACUCGACGAGGACGCUGGAAGCUGCGCUCAAGAUCGCGGCCUUCUUCCACCUUUCGAGUCUGGCCGAACGGAUGGUAGCGUUGAAGGAAGGACUGGAAGGUCGACCUGAACGCGUGGAGGAGGAGAGUCGACGAUGGUGCGAUCCUGCGGUUCGGGGUGGACCGAGCUAUACGAAUCCCGCGCUUGUCGAGGUGAUGACCCGUGCAGGUGAUCGGGGUGGGAGGGACGCGGUGAGCGCGGCUAGCUUUCGGAAGCGUGCCUCUGCUGCAUUGGGUGAGGAGUUCUUGCCGCCGACAUCUCGUUCGGUCUCGGGGGUGCCGCGCAGUUCCUCUGCGUAUGAUGGUUUGAACACGGCAUCGCCAGCAGCAGCUGGAUACGGUAGCUCGACACGCUCGCCUGCGCCUCAAUCCAUCGUCGCAUCUGCCGACGACUCCUACAGCGGCAUCCUGGACGACGAAACUGACUUCUCGUCUUUGGGCAAAGAGAACCUCUACGGCCGAACCUCCGAGAAGCGCAAAUCGCCCUCCCACGACGAGUUCUCCGAACCAACCCACGCGGGACGCACACUCGUCAUGCCGUCCACCAAAUCCGCCAAAUCGCUCAACCCUUUCGCACGUACUUCGUCCAACGUCAAUGCUCGCGCUUCCGAAAAGCAGAUGCACAAGUCCACCUCGUUCUUCGAACGCAUCGAGCCGUACGAGAAGGAGUCGUUGAAGCCUUCCGGUAAGCAAUCCUUGCUGACUGGAUUCGCGUUCCGAAAGGACCAGACUGGUAGUGGUGGGGUAGAGGCGAGGGAGGUGUUUGGUGAGACACAGUUUGCGGAUGGGGAGGAUGAAGAAUCGUUGCAGCUGACGUUGGAGCGUGCGGCGAAGAAGAAUGGAAAGGCGACGGACGUGAUUAGUGGAGAUGCGCUGCCGGAGACGGUGAGGGAGGGCGAGACGUUCGACUCGAUGGAUGUGGAAUCCGCGGCUGUUCAGGUGUAA